AUGCAUGGCCGUAAACGUGUCAAACCUACUGCAGAAGUAGAAAAGUUGAGAAAGGAAAAAGAGGCGUCCAAAAUCAAAGAAUACAACGGUAUUGUGGCAGCAUGUUUCGAGAAGAAAAAUAAAUGUGAAUAUGACAAGGAGGCCUUUAUGUUAACUACCAAGAUCUUGUCACAAAACCCCGAUUUUUAUACCAUUUGGAAUUUUAGGAGAUUGAUCCUUUUAAACGAGAUUUCAAGCGAUUCUUCUGAAGAAGAAAAACAGCAAAAAUUUUAUUCCGAACUAUUAUUCCUUCAAGAAGUCUUUCGACUUAAUCCAAAAUCAUAUUGGAUUUUCAACCAUAGACGAUGGUGUUUAGACACUAUGCCCGAUCCUGAUUGGAAAAGUGAAUUGGAUCUUGUUUGCAAAAUGCUGGAUAUGGAUGCAAGAAAUUUUCAUGGAUGGGGUUACCGACGCUAUGUGAUAUCGAAGCUUUCUUGUAUUGAUUCAGAUGCGAUAAAUAUCUGCAGAACGGAAUUUGAUUUUACUACUACUAAGAUCAAUCAAAACUUUUCAAAUUAUUCUGCGUGGCAUCAACGUAGUAAAUUGUUACCAAAAUUGGUGAAAGAUGAACAAUUUGAUGAUCAAGAGAAAAAAAAUCUUGUAAAUCGAGAAUUCGAACUUGUUAAGUCUGCUUUUUAUACAGACCCGGAUGACCAAAGUGCUUGGCUUUAUCAUUGGUGGCUAAUCGGCCGAGAAAUUCGACAUAUUUCUAUUCUCGGAGCAUAUUAUGAUCCGCAAAAUCGCCAAAUUAUUCUUGCAUUUGAUGAUGAGGUUGGUAUGUUGGUUCCUUUCCAAGUUGCAUGCAAAAAUGAUACCUCGCAAUUGAAGGUUGUUGAAGGGCAUUGGCGUUCAGUCUCUAGCGACUCAGAUGUACGAAUGCAUGGAUUCGUGUGGAUUUUUACCUUGGACAUGGAAAAUGACUUUGUCGAACUUGUCGUUACAGUGAGACCAGAAUGGAUUGUGUCUUCUCAUUCCGAAGUAAAACUAUUCCGAAAUGUUCAAAUGAAUUGCCAUAUCGGACAGUCGUUCAAACAAGAACAAGAUAUACUAUUAUUAAUGUCACCACAAACUCUUACUGAAAACACUGCAAUUCUCUCACCAUCUCCACGUUUCAGAGAAGACAUAUUACCGAUGACAAUGCAAGAAAGGAUCGAGUGUCUCAAGUGUGAAAUCGCUACAGUGAAAGAACUGCUGGAAAUAGAACCAGAGAGCAAAUGGUGUUUACAAACCUUAACAAUUCUCCUACGCGAACUUAAAUACAUUUCUGGAUUGAAUGCCAAAGAAGCCAUGAACUUUGAUGAAGAGGUCAUUACAAUCUGCGAUCAGUUGAUUAAUCUUGAUAAACUCAGAACAAAACGAUUCGAAGACUUGCGUUCCAAAGCAAUAUUUGAAACCGCCACAAGUAAUUUGAUUCAAACAUCACCCGACGUUCCACAAGAAAUUGUAUUUAAGGAUAAUAUUUCGCUUAUAUUAGAACAAUUUCAAUUUACACUAACUAGCAGAAACCUUACACUUAUUCCCACCCCGUCUAUCUUGUUACAUAUUCGUAUAUUAGAUUUAUCGCAUAACAAACUUACUUCUAUUGCUUUUCUUUCUAAUUUGAUUCAUUUACAAGAAGCGAACAUUCGUAAUAAUUGUAUAUCAAGUGUAAGUGGGGUGAACAACUUGAAAUUUUUGAGAGUUUUAAAUAUUCAAUCAAAUCUAAUAGAAUCAUGGGGAGUAAUUAAGAAUGGUUUUGUUAAAUGGCAAGGCGGUGAAUGUAAAGUAUAUGUCUCUGGAAAUCCAUUCAUAGACGAGGCUGCCGGAAGUGAGCUGAAAUGGGAGACAGAGAUGAAUGAAGUAGCACGAG